AUUGUUUUCUUUAUAUAGUGGGACAUGCCAACUCGGUUUCUUGGAGAUUUUGUUGGUGUUUGGACAAGGAGUUCCCCAUGUCUUCAGAUAGACUCAUUGCAGAUAAUGUUAUACGGUCCGAUGAGCCGAAGUACGGUUCAACGGCGGCCUUGGCAUUGUCCGGUUCCUUCACACGAUGCGUCGAGAACGAUUUGAUCUUCCAAGAGCUUCCGAAGGCGACAAUUGUAUCGGUUUCGAGGCCUGAUACGGGAGACAUGAGCCCCAUGCUUCUAUCUUACACCAUUGAAGUACGGUACAAACAGUUCAUAUGGCGAUUGUUGAAGAAGGCUUCACAAGUUCUCUAUCUUCACUUUGCGUUGAAGAAGCGGGCGAUUAUCGAGGAGUUUCAUGAGAAACAAGAACAGGUUAGAGAAUGGCUUCAAUGCUUAGGGCUAGUGGACCAUGUCGCGGUAGUGCAAGACGACGAUGAACCGGAUGAUGGAGCUAUCCCGUUACAUCAUGACGGAAGCUCGAGAAAUAGAAAUGUUCCAUCUCGUGCGGUUUUUCCGAUUCUUCGCCCCACAUUAGGAGGGCUGCAAAUCGUUUCCGACAAAGCCAAAGUGGCAAUGCAAGGUUACCUGAAUCAUUUCUUGGGGAAUUUGGACAUAGUAAAUUCCACAGAGGUCUGCAAAUUGGAGGUGUCCAAGCUGUCGUUUUCACGCGAAUACGGUCCAAAGUUAAAAGAAGGGUAUGUUACAGUGAAGCAUCUAUCGAACGUUGCUGGUGAUGAUGAUAUCGGAUGUUUUCCAUGCCAGUGGUUUAGUUUCUGCACUAACAAUUGGAGAAAGGUGUGGGCAGUCAUGAAACCGGGCUUCUUGGCCUUGCUGGAAGACCCUUUCGACACAAAGCUUUUAGACAUUAUCGUUUUCGAUGUACUACCGAACUCGAACGAAGAUGUGAAGUCUCGGGUGUGUUUAGCAGAACAGAUAAACGAACACAACCCUUUGUACUAUGCAUUUAGGGUCUCUUGUGGAAUUCGGAGCAUGGACUUGAGAGUCACGAGUGACGGUAAAGCCAAAGAAUGGGUUGCUGUCAUUAACGAUGCCGGUAUAGGGGAUCCCGGGGGCUGGUGUUAUCCUCACCGCUUCGGUUCAUUUGCUCCUCCGAGAGGUUUGAAUGAAGAUGGAAGUCAAGCUCAAUGGUUUAUUGACGGUAAAGCUGCAUUCGAUGCCAUUGCAACUUCGAUAGAGAAGGCGAAAUCAGAGAUAUUCAUAACUGGCUGGUGGCUCUGCCCUGAGCUGUAUCUGAGGCGCCCUUUCGAAAGUAAUCCUUCUUCUCGGCUCGAUGCACUACUUGAAGCAAAGGCUAAGCAAGGAGUUCAGAUUUACAUUCUUCUCUAUAAGGAGGUUUCCAUUGCUUUAAAAAUCAAUAGUUUGUAUAGCAAGAAACUUCUUCAUAACAUUCAUGAGAACGUAAGGGUGCUGCGCUAUCCCGACCAUUUGUCGACGGGCAUAUAUUUAUGGUCCCAUCAUGAGAAACUUGUUAUCGUCGAUUACCGGAUAUGCUUUAUCGGAGGUUUAGAUUUGUGCUUCGGACGGUAUGAUACAGUUGAACACAGAGUUGGUGAUUGCCCUCCAUUUACAUGGCCUGGAAAGGACUACUAUAAUCCCAGAGAAUCCGAACCGAAUUCUUGGGAGGAAUCGAUUAAAGAUGAACUGGAACGAGGGAGAUAUCCCCGUAUGCCAUGGCAUGAUGUCCAAUGUGCUCUAUGGGGACCGCCUUGUCGAGAUGUUGCUAGGCACUUUGUUCAACGUUGGAACCAUGCCAAGAGAAAUAAAGCUCUACAUGAGCAAACAAUUCCAUUACUUAUGCCUCAACACCACAUGGUCCUCCCUCAUUAUAUGGGAAAUAGAGAGAUCGACAUUGAAAGCAAGGGAGAUGUCAAUCGGAGAGAACUCACCAGACAGGAUUCAUUUUCCUCACCGUCGCCCUACGACGAAAUGCCGUUGCUUUUGCCCCAAGAAUCAUAUGGACUUAUUGUUUCUCAUGGGGACAGAAAGUUAAAUGAUCCUGAAAGCGACUCCAUAGGCUCAGAUACACAAAUCAAGGAUACUGCAGAUGACCAUCAUUGCAUGGAUACUCGAAAGGACCUGGAAACAAACGAAUCACCACUAUCGGACACGUACAUUCCUGAUGUAUGGUGGGAAACAACCGUGACCGAUGAUAAUAAGGCUUACGUAGCUGAAUACGGAGAGAACGGUCCUCGUAUAGCGUGCCAUUGUCAGAUCAUCAGAAGUGUUGGCCAGUGGUCCGCAGGAACGAGUCAAACCGAAGAAAGUAUUCAUAGAGCUUAUUGUUCCUUAAUUGAGCAAGCAGAGCAUUAUAUCUACAUUGAGAAUCAAUUUUUCAUAUCAGGUCUUGCAGAAGACGAAAUCAUACAGAACCGGGUUUCAGAAGCAUUGUACAACCGGAUUCUGAAAGCGAACAAAGAGCAAAAAUGUUUUCGAGUUAUCAUAGUCAUACCACUCUUACCAGGCUUCCAGGGAGGUCUCGAUGAUUUCGGUGCCGCAACUGUUAGAGCCUUAGUUGACUGGCAGUAUCGAACGAUUUCCAGAGAGAAAACUUCAAUAUUGCAUCAUCUGAAUAUGAAACUUGGCCCUAAAACAUGGGAUUACAUUUCCUUUUAUGGUCUGCGCUCGUACGGUAGACUUUCCGAUGGCGGUCCUAUAGCUACGAGUCAGGUUUACGUGCAUAGCAAGUUGAUGAUUAUAGACGAUCGCCUUGCAGUUAUCGGUUCGUCAAAUAUUAACGAUAGGAGUCUGCUCGGAUCAAGGGACUCCGAGAUCGGGGUAGUCAUCGAAGAUAAGGAGUUCAUCGAAUCAUCUAUGAACGGCGAGCUGUGGAAGGCUGGAAAGUUAUCUCAUAGCCUGCGGUGCUCACUAUGGUCUGAGCACCUUGGCCUUCAUCCAGGAGAGAUCAGUAAGAUCAAUGAUCCUGUGUCGGAACAAACUUACCGAAAACUCUGGCUAGCGACCGCAGAGAGUAACAGCAAGGUCUUCCAAGAUGUCUUUGCUUGCAUCCCGAAUGAUCUUAUACACUCGAGAGCUGCUCUGAGACAAGACAUGACCUAUUGGAAAGACAAACUCGGGCACACCACCAUCGAUUUAGGCGUUGCACCAGAGAAACUAGAAACUACAGAGAACGGAGAGAUUAAAACCGAAGAUCCGGUUGACCGAUUGAAAUCGGUUAAGGGACAUCUUGUUUCAUUUCCUUUGAAGUUCAUGUCUCAAGAAGAUCUAAGACCGGUAUUUAACGAGCGCGAGUUUUAUGCAUCUCCUCAAGUGUUUCAUUGACCAUAUAUAUAUCUGCAUACAUAAUCUCUACAUAAUUAGGUGAAAAAGUUGUAAAUUUUCGUCAUUCAUUCAGC